GGUGAAUAAAGUGUAUAUUCUAGUUUAAAAAACAGACACUGACCAGGCUGAAUGUGUGAUCAAUGUUUAUGCAAAGUUUAAAAACAAUUAAAAUGUUUCCUUCAUUGAAAACUGCUUCAGAUCCAAAUCAAAAUAGCGAAAUAAUAAGUGGAUAUUAUUAUUUGAAGGGUUAAAAGAAGCUCUUCUGUCCAUGUCAUUGUACACAGAGCUUGUCAUCUGCAGCUGCUGGCAUGUCCAGAUGCAAUCAUCAGAAGGUUGCUGUUGAGUGUCCUUCUUACUUCAUGCCUCUUCAACAUCUGAGUGAGAGGACUCGGUGUGUUUGUAUUGCAGGGUCAGUUCUUCAGGGAGUUGCUAGGGAACAUCUGAUUGAAGCGUUUAUGGGGGUUUAAAAGAUUUUUAGCAUUUUUUUGUACACAGAAUUUGUAGCAUAUUAAAAGUCAUUUUAUUACAGUUGAUUGAUGGACUUGUGUGAAUGUAGAAUAUUUUGAUGAAGGGUUUAUUAUAAAGAGCAGGCAACCAAAAGCUUUGGGCACAUUUGUGUCUUCUGCCAGGUUGAAAAAGUCUGAAUAUAGUUUUAUUUUAACUACUACAGAUCUAUUUUGUAUUACGCUGAGAUGCUGAUAGGGUCAGACCCGAUCUGCUGGCUGGAUCCUGUCACAUCUGUUGCCUCAGCCUCUGAUGUCACUGAAUGAGCAGUGCGGGCUUCCAGUGCGCACCUCCGGGGACGCAGCGGUGGCACAGGCAAAGAAUUCACUCCUCGAAACCUCCUGUUUCUCCCGUAAUCCCUGCAUCCCGAUUUCAGUCCGUGGCUUCGCUUCUCGGGGGAAACUCUUCAUCUGUGUUGCGGCAUUUGGAUGAACUUUUUAGAGGCGGAAAAGGCAGGUAAGGUAGUAUUACGCCGAGGUGGUGAUGUCCUUGAGCGCGGGCUGUUGCGCUUUCUUUGUAUACUCAUUGGAGGCAACGUCUCCAAUCUGCUGUUUUAAUUUCGCAGCGGUCCAUUGUCAUCAGCUGUCUCAAUCGAUAGAAGUGCAAAAAGUCGAGUGGUCAGUCGUCUCCGAGCAGCCGCAGACGCAGCAGCAGCAGCAGCAGGUCGGCCGGUGCAGUCAGCAGCACCAUGGACAGCUCCGUGGUGCACAUCUACAAAGAGGACAGGUGUCAAUCAGAACAGCCGGAGGAGUGCAUACCAAACUUCACUUGGCAACCCGGCGCAUCGGACGGCUUCAACUACAGCACCAAUGGCACCUGGGACUCCGAACCCGAGCCCAUGUCGCCCCUGAUCCCCAUCAUCGUGGCGGUUUACUCCGUGGUGUUCGUCGUGGGCUUGGCGGGCAACUGUCUGGUGAUGUAUGUCAUCAUUCGGUGAGUUUCAGAUCUAAUAUUAAAAGAUGAUCAUCUCUUUAAAAGUGUAAAAUAAGACGCAUGCAUGUGGCCGAGGGAGCAAGUUGAAAUUCAUUGAGCUCUAAUUGUGAACAACUGGAGUUAAUAGCAGUGAAAUUGCUUCACGCAAGUGUUUGUUCAGCUGCUGUCACGAAUGUAAUGACUCUAGGGUCACUUACGGGUCCCUGCAGGGGCCAUAAAAAAGAACAGUGGCUCUGUGAUGCUGAAACUAAAGAAAAAAGUCUCCUUUAAUGCGUUUUUGCCUCUUUAUGGUGUUGUGCCUGUGCAUAUGCAUAUGCAUGUGCAGUUUCAGACCUGAACUGUUUUUGUGGUAGAGAAUAUAAGCAGACUGUCAAUAUUUUGAUUAUGUUAAUAUAUACCAGCAGAUGUUAAAGCCUCAUAAAGGUCUUUUAGCCUCACAAACCUGGGUGGAUUCUGUUAUGUAUAGGGGAGACCAGGGCUUGUUGUCACAUUGCAGUUAUUUUUGCCACCAGGGGGCGCAACUAAAAAGUGGAAUACUAGUUUUCUUCCUUUACAUGGUCAGGGGUCGUCCUGUCUGAGAAGAGAAGAGAACAUUGUGAGCUGAGAUGAGCGCAAAUUAACCAUUUCGCACAACCCAAAGUAAAAAAAAUUAACUUUAUUUUUUAAAAUAAGGUUCUUUCAGAUAAAAACCAUAGCAGUGAUACAUGUGGACUUCUUAGAGGGGAGAUUAAGGCAUCCUGUCAUACCUCAGUCAUUGUUCUGUUUUAAGCUAACUUUAAGAUAGAACUCUAAUCAGCAAACAUGGUGGUUUAGGAGUCAUUUUGGAGAUAGUUGUCACAUGUUUAAAAGGGAUUAAAAUUGACACAGAGAGUGUGUUCAUCAGCAGUUGUCAUAUUAACUUAGACUUUAUCUUUACAGAAAAAAAAGAGUGGUUUAAAGGAGAGGAGAAAGCGAGAAGACAUGGUCAGGAAUUUCAAAAGAAAAACAGUUGCAUAAUAUUUGAUAUUAACGUUUGUUCAAUGACUUUUUCUUCAUUUUCUGUGCCUGACUUUGUUGUUCACUUUGAAGUGAAAAAAUGAGAACAACAAUAAUUUUGUCUUUGUUUUAUUAGCUGCAAAAUCCACUGUGACAUCUUACCCCGUGUAGUGAGACAACUUACCCGAUGGUGGGGCAACAUGUCACAUGUUCACACUCUGCUUAUAACUCUGCACUGACACAAGAUAUGAAAAUGACAUGAAAACAAAAUAUAUACCUGAGACUUUGUUCUUUCAUCUGGUACACAUUUUGUUUAUAUAUGACGUAUUGAUUCCAAUAAAUAUGUAAGAGUGUAAAAAGUGUGACAACAAGCCCCGGUCUCCCCUACUAAACAAGUUAAAACAGGAAAAUCAGAAUUAAAGUUGAAGAAGUAGCAGCCAUAUUCCCUUUAGUUCCCCUGCCUUAUCUUCCUUCCUUCCUCGUCUGAAAAAGUGAAAGGAUUGUAACAACAACUAAAAAUCAGCCCUGAUGGACAACAUCGACAUGUUUUCUUCCAUGACAGAUACACCAAAAUGAAAACAGCCACCAACAUAUACAUCUUCAACCUGGCUGUAGCAGAUGCUCUGGUCACCACCACUAUGCCCUUCCAGAGCACUGAUUACCUGCUCAGUUCAUGGCCGUUCGGCGAAGUGGCGUGUAAGGUCUUCAUCUCCAUCGAUUACUACAACAUGUUCACCAGCAUCUUCACGCUGACCAUGAUGAGCGUGGACCGCUACGUGGCUGUGUGUCACCCCAUUAAAGCCCUGGAUUUCCGCACUCCAGUGAAGGCAAAGAUCAUCAACGUGAUCAUCUGGGUGCUGUCGUCUGCCGCUGGGGUCCCGGCGAUGAUACUGGGAAGCACCAAGACGAAUAAUGGUACCUCUAGCUUACAUAAAUUCACUCAUAUGCACCUAUUUGAUGAAACUCUUUUGUCUCUCAACCCACGUUCUUUUAAUACUUUUGUUUUGCCUCAGAGACAAAGACAAUCUUUCAGCCAUAAAGGGAAAUUUUCACUCAAACGUCACAUGUGUUAUCUCAAUUGGCUGCAGGAAGCAUCUUUAAAGCAUCUUUAAAGCAUAGGUGAAGCAUAAUGGAUCCUCGUAAAGAGAGGAAUUUUUUUCAGGGACAGUCUGACAGACAUUGCAUUCACAGGAAGCUUCUGUUCAAUGAGCAAAGUGCUCUUUACUCUGGUAUCAUAUAAGUCUGGAUUCACAGCUUUUCAUUUCUGAAAAGACCUCAUUGUUGUGAGAAGAUAAGAUGGAAUAGUUUCAGCAAUUCUGAGUCAGUUCAGGUGGAUAUGUGUGAAAAAAUAUUACUGGAUGUAUUUUGACUAGAUUAGAAACAAACGUUUAUGGUACCCUGGAUUAAAAUCUACACUUGAUUUCUUUUGUUUGGGUGUCAAAUAUCAUAACAACUGUUGAGGAAAUUGCAGCAUAAAUCCAAGGACCCAAGUUUGCUGUGUGGUCAGAGAGGUUUUUAAUGGUAGCAAGCCGACAAGCGGUGAAUUCACCCAGUGUGACAGAAUGACAAUCGUUGUGAUCUAACUGAUAUACCAUUAGAACAAAGACUCUGAGGUGAGCCAAUAGAAUGACAGACAAAAUACCAAUUGACCAAUGGGAUGACAGACUAGCAAAUAGCAUACUCCAGGUGCAGAACAGACUGAAUUUACACACAAGAGACACACCUAUGUUAACUAUCAAAGGAAGAAAGGCCAGGUGUUAAGUCCAGGUAAGUGGAAGACAAUGGAACCUCCUGAAGGAGUCUCCGAUUAUGGCGGGGGUCCGUCCAGGGAAGGUGUCAUGCCUUUUUACAGAGGAGACACCUUUUGUUCUGAAUGCAAAUUCAGUUACAGUUUCAAGGCAUCCCCCAACACAGUCAGCAUACAAUGUUAUUUUUCAAUUUUCAACACAAUUAUGAGAUGGUUGAAAGUUCAGACAGUCAUGUCCCCAACUGAUGAGCUACGUCACAUUUUCAGAAGUGAUUUUUUGGCACAAUUGUACCCAACUAAACAUUACUGUCAUAUAACACAUGAUGAGUUAUCACAUGCCUUAUGAAAAAUAUAAAUUUGGGAAUAGAACAACCCCUUGUAAGUAACUUUGAUUUGGUUCGUGUUGAUUUUGGUGCCCCGUGUGAGGCAAACUGAAAAUCUACAUGUAAGUACUGUCUUUUUUUAAAUUAAACUUUCCUCAUGCUGUCUUUAACAGUCAAAUGUAACAUACAUCAGUGAGUUUUGCUGAGGGAAAUUUGUAAUCCUACACCUACCCAGCCGAAGCAAUGACAAGCAACAAUCAUAACUCUGUAGAAAUCAUCACUCUCAAUACCCACAGACUGGACUGCUUUUGUGACUCACUAGUAGAGCACAAGAGAAACAUAUUGUGCUAAAAUGUUACCAUCUUGUGCCUACGAUAUAAAAAAUAAUACUUUUUGGGUCUUCAGGAGCCUCAGGAGCCUCCUUUUGGAUAUAAGUAUGACUUUCAUGAGAUUUUAAUGUGGCAUCAAAAUCUGAUCUUAAUACCUAAGACCACCGAUCUAGCUUGUCUUUACGUUUUAUGCCAGCUUAUGUUAGUGUGCUUGCAUACUUCAUUAUUACAGUUAAUAUUUCAAAAAUUUACGAGAUGAAGAAACAUCUCCAUGUUGGCGUUGUCAAUUUGAGCAAGUUAGACCUGAGCAUUGUUAGGAUGGGAGGAGACAGUUGUUGUUUUUUCUGAACAAUAGUUUGAAACCUGUCCUUCUUAUUCUGCUUCAACAGGAACUACAGAGUGUGCCCUACAGUUCCCUGAACCCUACAUUUACUGGGAUACCCUGAUGAAGAUCUGUGUCUUCAUCUUCGCCUUUGUAGCUCCUGUCAUCAUCAUCACCGUCUGCUACACACUGAUGGUCCUGCGGCUGAAGAGCGUUCGCCUGCUAUCCGGUUCUCGAGAAAAGGACCGCAACCUGCGCCGGAUCACACGCCUGGUCCUGGUGGUGGUCGCCGUCUUCGUGGUGUGCUGGACCCCAAUCCACAUCUUCAUCUUAGUCAAAGCUCUGUCAACCAAUGUGCCUGACACCACCGCCGUUAUGGCCGCCUACUUCUUCUGCGUAGCACUGGGCUACACCAACAGCAGCCUGAACCCCAUCCUCUACGCCUUCCUGGACGAGAACUUCAAGAGGUGCUUCAGGGACUUCUGCUGCCCGGGUGCCCAGGGACAUGGAGACUGUCAGGGGGUAAGCCGGGUGAGGAGCACCCUGAGGGAUCACUCGUGUCCCACAGAGGGCCGAGGAAGUACUAUGAGGCAGGCAAAACCCGUAUGACUAGCCAUGGGUGUGUCCUCAAUGCCUAAUCAGGGCUGGGAGGACUCCAACGAUUUGGGAUUGACUCAAAUCACCACGGCCAUCUGAGGGAGGGGCGACAGAGAGUACAACAUUUUAAUAUAUAACUCCCUGAAUCAGUUAUUUACAUCAUUUUUGUCUAAAUAAUUAGUAAAAUAUGUGAGAUACUAAUCCAAGAUAAAGACAAAAGUUAUCCUUGUUUGAUGAUGUCAAUUUUCACCACCAUUUUUCUACAGCACACAUAAAAGACGAACAGCCUUGGCCUCCAAACUUUAACUUUUAGAAAGUCAGAAGGAGAGGAGCGGUUAGGGGCAAAACCCACAGGAUCCAGGACGGCGGAGCACAGCGCAUCAAUUCAGUGCAGCGCAGCAUGAGCAGCAGCGGAAGUUGUAUGCAGUUACAGAGUCCCGCCCUCCUUCGCCUCUGAUUGGCUAGAGGUGCUGGGCUCCGAUUGGUUAUUCCCUAGGCUGUGAAACUUCAUGGUCUGUUGGGUUAGAGUUAGGGUUAGGGUGAAGGUUAGGGUUAGGAGACUGAGAAGUGCGAUAAUGUUCUGUAAUGUUCUGUUCGAAUUACAGAGCUGACAGCCCGUGUUUGACUUGAGUGUAUGAUGACGUUUCCAGCUUUUCUAGCCAAUCAGAGGUGAAGGAGGCGGGACUUUCCCCUCCCGCCCUACAAAAAAAAAUCACCUCCCGGGAAACUACGUGAGCCCUCAUGAGAUAUCGUCUAGUCUCGCGAGAAAUAUCGGUAAUCUCGCGAGCGCCUCUCUUCUUCUCUCUUGGAUCUGGUGGGCGCUGUAUGCUUGCAGAUCUGCCUGCCAGUCCGGAGCGAAGCUGAGCCGUUUCGGAUCCAGUGGGAUUCCCGGGUUAGACAGUUGUCAUCUGAUUUUAUCCCACGUGGUGACCAGUAGAUGGCACUAAAUCCUGCAGAUUGAGCCUAAAGUAUGUUGCUAUAUUACAAACUUUAAAUCCUGGAUGCCCCUGCGAGAAUAUUUCAUGAUGUAUAAAUCCUGUAUAAAGCUCGAUGUUCAUAAAGCUUAAUCUUGUUUAAUUUGUAUGAUAUCAGUGUCUACAGCAGUGUUGUCAUGAUAGUAAAAAAAAAAAAUCCACAAAACCACCAAAAAUAUUUCGUUAAGCUGCAUAAUUAUAUUUUGUUCACCUGACCUGUAAAUAUAUGUACAAUAUGAAUCAGAUAGUGAAGAUCGUAUGAACAGAUUGUACAGUAAUAGACCUGCAUCAACAGGCUUAUUUCACAUUUAUUGUGUUUAUUGUUUUAUGCUCUGCCCCUGUAGAAAAACUUAGUUAAUGAUCUUUAUCUUUCAAGAUUUUCUUCUAAGUAGCAAACUCAUGUAAAAUAUUUAAUAACCUCUCAGGGAUCCUCCUCUGUAUUCUCUCCUUAACAAGUGGGCCGAUUUUUAAUGAGGCCUGAGACGACAAACAUCAAAGGUUUCUGUACUCAAACGCUGAACUCUGAGCUUUGAGACACUAUCAUUACACCUGACACUGCUCAGCUUUUUACACAUUUCCAGCUGUGAUCUUUUACGUCUCUUCGAGCAGACGUCAAUGUAGAGUUGUACAUAGAGCUGUCAUCUUGUCAGAGAUAUCGACACAUGUGAAAAUAGGGCAAGGGGCUCUGAGGUAACAUCUGACAAGACAAUGAUUUCAUUCUUCAAACAGGGCUUUUGGUGUUAGUUUUCACUGCACAUCACAGCCUAACAUGUCAUCUUCGAUGUUUUAGAUCUAUGCAUUAUUCAGUUUUUAUUUUAUAUUGACAUUUCAUCAGAAAAAAAACAAUGCAGUUUCAUACCGUGUCUGUUUUCUGAAUUUUUGUAGCUGUCAUAUAGGAAUCAGCAAACAAAUGGAUUAAUAAAGGAACAGCUUUUGGGAGCUUGUUCUUCGGAAAAAGCAAAACAUUUACAUAUUUUUUAAUCUAUAUCUGACUAUUCUACUGUAGUUAUAGAAGAAGUGUAUUUUUGUGCCUUGUUUGGUGUGCCUUAUCCCUGGAUAUUUAAAGCUCCUGUGAGGAUUUUUCUGUUUGUGUGGAUUUUGGCGCCCCCCUGUGGACAAGCAGGGUCAGUCCUGUUAAUGCUUGAGUCGUGAUUAUAACAAAAAAAACAAUCUUAUUCUACUUUCUUGUUCGUCAAAUGUGUCUUUAAUGAAUACGCUAGGAAAACUGCAUCUGUUCGUUUGACGCCUACCCCGUAACUACGGUUUAGAAACAGAUUAAAAAACCUACGGAGAAUAAGCUAGUCUCUCGCUGAUGGUCUUGUUUGCUUUUGUAGCUCAUAUUAAGGCAUUUUAACCUGCUUCUCAACCAGCGAGAACAUCCUCAGAGGAGCUUUAACCUGAUGAUGACAUGUGAUAAAACUCAUUAACAGUGCAUCCAGUAGUUACGGCUUACUGCUUCAAUUGUAGCAUAAUCUUUAAAAGAGUGUACGUCUAACUCUUGUUUUUAGCUUGGUUACAUCGUGUGUCUUUUCCUCUAACUCUGUUGUUCAAGUGACUGACAUGAAUGUAAUUAAAAUCACAUAAUUAGCCCAUUUCAGUCUGGGCCAGACCACGAUUAACAUGUAACACUCUGUAAAUUCGUUCAAUCUGAUGAUAUUUUGCUGUAUCUCUGAGCUUUGAAUGUUAAACAUGCUUCAAACACACGGAGAAUAAAGCUGUCAAAUGUCAGACUAAUGAGACGGGUGUCAUUUCUGUGUGAUGAUAUCAGGCGGGUUCAGUGGAAAACAUUUAAAAGAGAAUAUGCCUCCGCUCUCCACGAGUCCUUUUUUUCCUUUACAAUCCAUUUUUUUCUUCCAGCUUUAGACUCAAAGUUAGCGUUUCCAUGGUGAGCGCACGCACGGAAAGUAGUGGUUCAAGGCUUGUUUCAAUAAUUACGAGAUGUUUUGUGUCUUUGGCCUUGCAGAGAAAUUUGCAUUGACUCCAAAUCCAGCCACUACUUAAGGACUUAGGUUGUUUUGUUUGCUGCACUGUCUCUUUUCUUUUACUUAGUUAGUUUUAUUCAAGGGCAUCACCAGAAUAAACGGGCACCAUGCAAAGGCAGUAGGCGCUGCUACCACAGGCUAAUUAGUAUAUCAACACAUCCCCUACAUUUAUGACACAGGGAAAACAAUCAUAACGAUAAUUGACAAACCCUUUACGUCGGUGAGUAUUCCUGUGCGAACAAUAGAAGAAACCUAGAGGACCGAUGAUUAGUUCCUUUUAACCAAGAAGUUUCUCCGACUAAGUACAGUAUGAGGACCAUGAGGAUUAUAAUUUGCAUCGAGAACUGUUCACUAUGUAUUAAGACUGACAUGUAUGCAAAGCACUUCAAGGGAAAAUGUUACUAUUUCAUUUUGCAGACCCUUUUGUCCAGAGCAAUGCACAUCAGAGAGUAAGUGCACC